CAGUGUGCAUCUGGAAGUUGUCGCCAUCAUAUCUGGCUAAAUGUUAACCUAGCUCCAAGUCAGUCAGCCGCAACCCUCGAAGAUAAAAAGUUAAUGAGACCAUUUACCUCUCUCCGUUUGUUUUGUCGAGUUUCGAUUAAACGUUGUGAUGCUCUUAAUCAGUAAAUGUGCUUUGUGCUGUUGCAGUAUUGUGUAGUUGACUCACAUUAGCAGUGGCUAAUUUUCAGGGCACAUUAGCAGGGCUGGAGUCUUGAGAAGCAGCAAGGGGCGGUGGGGCUGCUAAAAUAGUCGCUAGCUAGCAGCGCACUAGCUAGCUAGUUAGUUAGUUAGCUGGCAAGCGAGUAACACGUCGACUGACAUUUAACAUCACGGUGGAUCAAGCUGCGGAGGUGGACGCUGUUGCAUGCUAGCCGCUGCCUUUUGUAGAGGAGUAGCCGGAGCCAAGGAGCUGGCAGCGUCGCAGAGCUAACGGCAACUCCGCCGAGGGACCGGAGGAAGAUUUUAAGCUAACUGAGCUAAACAACCAACUCGGACUGCUCUGCUACGGUGGGAGGCUGUUAAACUGGAGCUGGCAUCGGCACAUAUCUCAACUUUAACUCAGGCCAGUGUUGUGUGUGUUGAUGUAGGGACGUUUGUGUGUCUCUCAGCCGGCUGCUGGGCCUGACAGCACUAAAGAUGUCUGAGGGAGAGACCAAGCAGGCCCCGGACACGGUCCAGGAAGUGAAGCCGGAGUCCAUGGCUGCUGCUGCUGCUGCAUCACCACCCACAGGUCAAGGGGUAUCAUCUGUGUCCCCCCCUGUUUCCGUGGUGACCCAGCCUCCUGCUACUGCUGCCACAGAGGAUGAGGAAGAGGAGAGUGAAGAUGAGUCAGAGAUUUUAGAGGAAAGCCCUUGUGGACGCUGGCAGAAACGCAGAGAAGAGGUGAAUCAGCGCAAUGUCCCCGGGAUCGAUAAUGCUUACUUGGCCAUGGACACUGAGGAAGGAGUGGAGGUGGUUUGGAAUGAGGUCAUGUUUUCGGAAAGGAAAAAUUUCAAGCUCCAGGAGGAAAAGGUCAAAGCUGUCUUUGACAAUCUGAUCCAGCUGGAGCAUUUGAACAUUGUGAAGUUCCAUAAAUACUGGGCUGAUGUGAAAGAGAAUAGAGCGAGGGUUAUUUUCAUUACUGAGUACAUGUCCUCAGGAAGUCUCAAACAGUUUUUAAAGAAGACAAAGAAAAACCACAAGACAAUGAAUGAAAAGGCCUGGAAGCGCUGGUGCACACAAAUACUGUCUGCUCUCAGCUACCUUCACUCAUGUGAACCCCCCAUCAUCCAUGGAAACCUGACAUGUGACACCAUCUUCAUCCAGCACAACGGACUCAUCAAGAUCGGCUCAGUUGCUCCAGACACCAUCAACAACCAUGUGAAAACUUGCCGGGAAGAGCAGAAGAGCCUUCAUUUCUUUGCUCCAGAGUAUGGAGCCGUUGCCAAUGUGACCACAGCCGUGGAUAUCUAUUCCUUUGGAAUGUGCGCCUUAGAGAUGGCUGUGUUGGAAAUCCAGAGUAAUGGAGAUUCGUCUUAUGUGUCCCAAGAAGCCAUAAACAGUGCCAUUCAGUCACUAGAGGACCCACUGCAGCGGGAGUUUAUUCAGAAGUGUUUGGAGGUCGAUCCCAGUAAGCGACCCACAGCGAAGGAGCUGUUGUUUCACCAGGCCUUGUUCGAGGUGCCCUUACUUAAGCUGCUGGCUGCUCACUGCAUCGUCAGCCACCAGCACAUGAUUCCAGAAAAUGCUUUAGAAGAGAUGACGAAGAACAUGGACCCCAACUUGGUGAUUGUUGAAGGGAAGGAAGGAGUUCAGAUGAAGCUCUCCCAGUUUCCUGCUCUUGAGUUGGACAAGUUCCUGGAAGAUGUCAGGAAUGGGAUCUAUCCACUGACUGCAUUCGGGAUACCCUGUCCUCAACAACCUCAGCAGGAGGCUGUGAAGUCACCCAUAGUGCCCCCCUCAGUCAAAACCCCGACCCCUGAACCUGCAGAGCUCGAGACCAGGAAGGUCCUUCAGAUGCAGUGUAAUAUUGAGCCUGUGGACGAAGGCACCAAGCAUCAUUUGACCUUGCUGUUGAAACUUGAGGAUAAACUGAACAGGCAUUUGAGCUGUGAUUUGUUACCAAAUGAGAACGUGCAGGAGUUGGCUGUAGAGCUCGUUCAGCUGGGAUUCAUCAGUGAGGGUGACCAGCCCAGACUCACAUCCGUUCUUGAAGAGGCCUUCUCAAAGUUCUACAGCCGUAACGGUUCUCUGAAUCCAGUUACAGUUUCUUCGUAGCGGAGGACUCCCCCAGGCCUUCUGCCAGCACUCCUCGUCCUCUACGACAGGACUAGCUUUGGCUCCGCCUCCAAGUUGCAGGAAAGCUUUGCGGGGACAGAGGAGGAAGCCUUGGUCUGAUUGCAGAUCCUGCAUCCUGUCCUCCUUUCUUCUGGUGGGAAAAGCUGCCACUAAGUGGUCAUCGCUUUCUAUUAUUUUUUUCCCUCCCACCCAAUACAGCCAUCUGCUUCUCUUUUAAAAGAGGAAAUCUAGUCGCAACUUCAAGGAAAAUACAAAUGUUUUCACUUUUGGCUUAAUUCUGUCAGUUCUGAGGUAGUGAUGAAUUGUUGGAUUCAAGCAGAAUAAAACUGGAUAACAGCAGUAUUUUCCUUAAGUCAGUAUUAAAACUGUAUUUUAAAUAUUUUUACUUAAAACUGUUUAAUAGUUGUCUGUAUGGAAAGAAAUCUGUCCCAGCAUACUGAGGUGUGUGUGUAUUCUGGUGUUGUAAGGUUAAGUCUGGUUGUCUGGUCCUUUUUACUUCCUCCUGAGCAGCGAGUGAAGCAUCCUCCUUGUAUCGGUUUUUCGAAGACUCUUGAAUGCGUCAAGCUAGUAAUGCAACAUGCAAUGUCACUUCAAAAAAAGUAAACCCUGUAAUUAUACAAAAUAGUGAUAAAACAUGCAGUCGUGAAACAAUCUGAGGGGUAACAGCUACAGAUGAAAUAUAAAAAAAUCAGCUAUUUAUUUGUGUAUCUUUUUCGAGUGUAUGCUGUACUUCACUUUCAGCACUAAGGCCGCUGGUUGUUUGUUUGAAUGUAUGCUUCUACUUGCUCUUCGUUAAAUCGUGCUGUUAUUUUCUAUGAAAAGGGUGUCGUCACUUGACUGUGGUCCAACUACUACUGUAGCUUCUGUUUCAGCCCGUCACAGCAUGUACUGAUGAGGGCAACCGGCGAAAAGAGAAGCUCUAUUCAGACAGCAUAUUUAUGCAAAGGUGCUUCCACCUCGGAGCAUUUUUUCAACUGCCUGUCUGCGUGAAAUUGGAAACUGAUGCACACAAUAAGCUCCUGGAGGUGGUUCAGUUCUCGUUUGAAGACGCUGCAGAUAGAUCAGAGUCAUUUAUCAGGCGCUGACUUAAGGUUUAUCCGCAUGUUCGUACUCAGUCCUGCAGUCGUGAAGCAUUAGUUUCCACUAUCGAAAACAUUCGGUUUACUGUCUCUCUCUGCUAGUUUGCACUACUGUACACUUUUAUAUCAUUUAACUCCGGUUGGAAAUGUCCCGUAGCCUCUUGGCUCAUUCACACCAACAGGAGGACCUUCAGCGAUUUGGCGUCGUUAUUAAAAUUCGGUCAGUGAUCCAGUGGUGUCUGUAGAUACUGCGACAUACAAGUGUGGGACUGCCCGGCAUGCUCGUAAACAUCUUGUGCACUGUAUGCUGGACACUGUGCUCUGUUUCUGCAAUGCAUUUACCCCCUUUUUUCACUUCCUGAAAUAAAAAUUUACACUAUCACCA